CACAGUGGAGCCUGGUGGGCUGCAGUCCAUGGGGUCACAAGAGUCAGACACGACUGAGCGACUCACACUUUCACGCUUUGUCUUUACCGACUCUGGCCCUGCCCUGCCUUAUCCACAGCACGGGCCUAGUUCCCCUGUCCCCUCUCCCGCCACCGCUGAACUCCUUGGAGUUGAGGGGGCAUCCCCAGACCUUGCAGGGCGGUUCCAUCCUCUUGGUCUGCAGAUGGAGGGGCUCAGGCCCAUGGGGGUGGGGAGGGGACCAGGUCACCCUGGCAGAGCCGGAGCAAGAGGGGGCCACCGUCAGGACUCUUAGACCUGAGUCAAUGCCUCUUUUCCCGUAGCUGUCCAAAAAUCACCCCAAACCAUUCACCACCACUCUGGGAUCAUCUGGGGUCACCCACCCCUGACCAGAGGGGAAAAGAGCAUUCCCUCUGGUUCUUGGGGGGUCGGAGCCCGGAAAGGCAGCCUCGGCUCUCAGAGACCAGGGAGCACCGAGCCAGGUUGCUGGCCCCCCACCCAGGAGCUGCCGGAUCAGGCGAGGUCGGGGUCAGCACGCGGGUGGUCCCUGCCGAGACAGCUGCCAGGGUGCCCGGCCGGGCAGCUCCCCCGGGGCAGCUGAAGCCCCCUCUCUUGACUCUGACCCUGUGUGUUUACAGCUCCCAGAUCAGGGCUGGCGGUUCUGCAGGGGCGGGGCCCACAGGCCGAAACCCUUCUGGGGCUCCCGAUCUGGGCAGGGGAAGGGGUGGAAGCAGACAGGACGCAGCUGGGAUUCCUCCCUGCACAGCCCCCACCACCCCCGACACAAAUCAUUCUGGUCUGGUCUGUGCUCAGCUGGCCUUCGGGGUCCAGGGUUCGGGGCCCUGGCAGGCCCCAGUGGCGGCUGGGGCUUCCUCCCACACCUGAGUGGGCGCAGGGGGGCCUGGGUGGGGUCAGCCCUGCGUCCGGCCCUCUUGGGAGAUCGGCCCACCUUCCUUGGCCUCCGUGUCCUCGUCUGUAAAAGAGUAUGAAGACCUCCCCAUGUGCGGGAAUGAACCAGCACAGGUGAAGGGACAAGCAGAGCCCACUUGCAGCCACCGAGCCCGGGUCUGACCUCCGUCACCCGCUCUCACGAGAGUGCGGGCCCCAGGCGGCAGGGGCCGAGGAGCCGCCUGUCCUGUGCCCCCGACCCCGGGCACCUGGGGGCCCUUGGCGUCGAGGCCAACCUGGGCCAGCAGAUCCCUCUUUCCAUGGGGUCCUCCUGGAGACAGGAGCAGAGAUGCUCAAAGGGCCGCACUGUUUGCUCUAAGGGGUCUGUUCACCCCCAUUUCUCCCCUGGCACCCCCUGAGAGAUCCUGAAACACGGGGUCCAGAUGGCCCGUCUACCUGAGGAUGGCCGUAACUUCCUGUGGCCCCGGAGCCGUCCCGCAGGCCCUGACCACUCCCUGCCCCCCUCUCCCGGCCCCUGGCCCCUCUCCCAGCCUCAGGCCCUGGUAGGUGCCCUGAAGCUUGGCGGGCAUUCAGCAGGACUAGGCAGUCGUGCUGUGAAUACAGAGCUUGAGGGCGCCUGAGAGCCGCUCUGCCCAGUCCCCAGACAGGCCUGCGGGCGAUGAAUUGCCAGGCCCCGCUUAAUAAUUCAGGCACGGAUUGAGUGCGGCGGUGCCUGAGCUGGUGAAAGGCUGCCCGUCCCCCAGCUCCAGGGCUGGGCCCCGCCCCUUGGGGCCACUCCCCGCCCCCAUGGUCCAGUAACCGCCAGAGCCAGCCCUGGGCCACCGGGGGCUGCUCCGCACACCACCUGCAGCUCCUACUGCCCCCGCCCCCCAGGCAUCCCGCCAGGCAGGUUAGCAGACUAUGGGAGUGUGGUCAGUGGUAAGGUUGGGAGGGAUCCUUGAGGGGAGCUGGCCUGGCAGGGACGCCCCAGGCCCAUGGUUUGUAUUCAGCAGCCUAGAAACCCUGUCCUGAGGGGUGUCCCCCAGAGCCCUGGGAGAUCGGGCUUAAAGAUUAGGGCGCCCUGUAGGGAGAACCCAAAUCCUGGGGCCCAAGGGCCUCUGAGACCUCCCAGCCCCCCCGAAUUUCUCUCCUAGAGACACACAGGACCCCUGAGCCCGUGGAUGGGGUCCGUCUGUGGAGCAACACCCACCCAGGCACCGGGCCUCAGGAGAGUCAGACCAGCCCCACAUCCAGGCCCGGGGUCUCGGGCAGGGGUGUGGCUUUGUCGGAUCCACCUCUUCACUCGGAGGAGGAGCUCAUGACCCCCACUUCGAAGGAGGCGCCCAUGGCCCCCCUUCCUGGGGUCGGGAGGGGGUGGGGAGGUAGGUGGGGGAAGAACCCACAGCUCAGCCCCGGCGGGCGUGCCCCUCCAGCCAGUGUUUCUGGUAGCACUCAGAGGGGCCAGGGUCUCCCUGGGCCCUAGUGGGGGGUGGGGGGGGCUGGCCCCCGUCACGGCCUCCUGCACCCCUGACCCCAGGCUGGCUCUGCUCCCCCCACAGGCCCCCCCGAGACCUCCUCCCAAGGAGACUAGGACAGCCCAGCCGGUCUCCACCCCCAGGAGAGGGCCCCCUCCCCAGGCCUCCUGCAGGGGUGGCCAGCCUGGCGCCUGGCCCCCCGCCCAGGACGCUGCCCACCUCCCCCUCGGGUAGUGAACAAAGCGGACGGAGCAUCUGGAAGGCUCGGAGAUUUGGGUCUCACCAAGAGAGCAAUGAGCUCGGAGCGCGAUGCUGGGGGUGCAGAUCCGCCUGUCCCUACAGGGGCACCAGGGCUUUGGGCAGCACUGGGCAAGAGCGCCCCCCUGCCCGCCGGCCCCCAAGUCCUCCAGGCAGGGAGUGGGGAAGCCGGUUCCUUUCUGGAGGGCGGGGUGGAGGACGCCGUGCUGGACGCCUACGACCGGGCCUACGAGCGGGCGCUGAGGAGCGCAUCCGAAAGCAGGCGGCAGGAGCUGGUGGCCAUCCAGGACACGGGCCCGCGACCACCCUCCCCAGGAGCCCAGAGUCUACAGGUGCAUCCAGGAGGGAUCCCCGUCUCCGCGCCCGUCCAAAGCGGACGCUCCCGGGGGCCAUCUGAGUCCAAGCAGACGCUUGGGUCAGCUUCUGCUGCUCCAGGACACCCACCCGCCUACCCAUGGGAGCGGAGAUGCUACGGUCUCGACUCGCAUGUGACCCUCGUGGGAGGGGAGGAGCUGUUUCCCUCCACGUGGUGGGGGUCAGGGAAGAGGAGGCUUGACCAAACCAGCACCUCCAUUGAAGCAGAUGGGGGUUGGGGGAGCAGGGGUCAACGGCAGACUCUGGGGAGAGGCUGGGGGGUGAGAGUGCGGGCAGAGGGAAUAGAGGGUGGGUUUGGCAGGGCUCCCUGGCCCCCCACUCCCAGGCUCUGGGGAGAAGGGAGGACCCACUGCAGGCUCAAGCAGACUGGGGGCAGUUCAGUUCUGCGCAGCGUCAGGACUGAGGCCCCACCCGUGUCGGCUGUCCACGGGCCGCUCGGCUCCGGAGACCACUUCCCCUCCCCACACGGCCCCCCAUCCUCACGUCGCAGGCAGGAGGGCUCCUGCUCCCCUCUGACCCUCCAAGCAGGACUAUCUGCAGGCCCAGGUGACUAGGUGAGGGCCACCCGGGUGACUUCCCUUUUGUAAGGAGGAAUCACUCGUGUAGUGGGUGAUGCUGUGUGCACAGUCCCGGGGGUGUGUCUGAGAAAUCCUGCCUGCUGCUGCCCCCGUGUCCGCCAUCCGACUACCUGACGACUGGCAUCCUAGGCUCAAGCCCCAGAGUCCUGGGCAGGACACCAGACUGGCCCAGCCCAGCCUGGGGGCCCUGUCGUAGCUGCCAAAGGAGAAGGAAACAGGGCCCGGUGAGCUUCCACCAAGGGGGUGCGGCCCCGCCCCACCGAAACCCGCAGAGUCUGCUUCUUCCCCAGUAAGGAGCAGCGUCUGUGAGGUGCAGCCAAAUGGGGACAAAGUGAACAACGCCUGCUGCCUGCAGUCACACACACGCCGUAGCACACCUCCCAGAACAAGCAGCUCCCCGGGGACAGACGAGCAGCCUUGUGCCGGAAGCUCGUGGGCAGAAGCCUCGCGGUUCCGCGGUUCUGGGUUUGGUAACCGUCCAGGGCCUCUGGGGAGGUGUGUUCCUCUCCCGGUCUGUUCUUCUCAUCUUACAAAAUAAACUUUAAGGAAGGCA